AUGAUUUGGAAACGGUCCUGGCUUAUGCUAUGGUUAAUCAUUGGAAUCAUUUUAGAAGUGACUGCAUUUUUCCAAAACAGUGCCGGAAACGGUGUUCAAAGUGUCCAAGUCAUUAUUGCACCCAUAUUUAUCGCGGCAUCGGUGUACGUCUCAUUUAGUGGCCUAUUGAAGAACUUAGAAAUUGACAAGAUUGGCUUCAAUCGGAAAGCUCAAUCUUUCUUAUUCAUCGUUGGUGAUAUAGCAUCGUUUGGUCUUCAAGUGGCUGGUGUUGUUCUACAGAUGAUUGAAGACAACAAGUCACUAGGUCAAGGAUUGAUAAUCACGGGGUUUAUCAUACAAAUUGUCUCCUUUUGCUGUUUUAUCGCUUUGGUAAUUUCAGGCCAUCGAACAAUCAACACAACUGUAAUUCAAGCAACAAUGCAAGGGUAUUAUUGUUGGAAAAGUUACUUCAAAGCGUUGUAUGUCAUCGCAGUGCUAUUUUUCAUUAGAAACGUUUUCAGAUUGAUUGAAUAUGGCCAAGGUUAUGGUAAAUACAUUUUUAACCAUGCUGUCUUUGCAUACAUUUUCGAUGCUGCGCCAAUGUUGAUUGUGUGUGCCAUUUUGGUACUUGUGCAUCCUGGAUUUGUGUAUGCAAGAGUACAAAAGUUUAUGCUGGAGUCGAAAGGGUUUCCUGAAGGAUCGGCUGGGAGAUGA